AUCUAUCCAUCUCCUGUAUGAAAUCCCUCGUUCAUCAUAAGCAUUUAAUUCAGGUCCACAAUCUCCUAUGUGAAUCCCUCGUUCAUCAUAAGCACUUAAUUCAGGACCACGAUCUCCUAUAUGAAUCCCUCGUUCCACUUAAUUCAGGACCAAAAAUAGAAGAAAUGGGAGACAAGAAAGAAGAGAGAACAGUUUGUUGCAUUGGAGACAUCCAUGGCUAUUACUCUAAACUUCGAAAUCUCUGGUCCAAUCUUGAAGCUUUAAUCAAUCCAAAUUCAUUUCAGACAUCUCUAAUUAUCUUCUUAGGUGAUUAUUGUGAUCGUGGUCCAGAUACUCGAAAAGUGAUCGAUUUUUUAGUAUCUCUUCCAUCAAGAUACCCAAAACAAACCCAUGUUUUUCUCUGUGGAAAUCAUGAUUUAGCUUUUUCAGCUUUUGUUAAAGUACUCCCAUCACCACCUGAUGGAUCACCAUUUUCAGAAACUUGGAAAGAAUAUGAACAACAUGAAGAAAGAGAAGGUUGGUUUAAAGGGAUGGGGUAUGAGGAUAUGCAUCUUCAAGGUAGAAGAUGGGCUGGUUUGAUUAAAGAUAAAUAUAAUGUUUCUAAAGGAAUGGAUUAUAAGGGUUCUAUUUAUGAUGCUGCGCCUACUUUUGAAUCUUAUAAGGUCCCUCAUGGUUCUGCAGAGCUGGUUAAUGCAGUACCUGAUAAACACAAGGAUUUUCUCAGAGAUUUGGUUUGGGUUCAUGAAGAGGAUGAUGUAUGUAUAGAGAUAUCAGGGGAGAAAAAGCAUUGUAAACUUGUAGCCGUACAUGCUGGUCUUGAAAAGGCAAAAGGGGUUGAGGAGCAGUUGAAAGUUUUGAAAGUUAGGGAUACUAAGAUUCCUAAAGUGGCAGCUCUUAGUGGGAGGAAAGAUGUAUGGGAUAUCCCAAAGGAGCUAACAGAGAAGCCAACAGUUGUGGUGAGUGGUCACCAUGGGAAGCUUUACAUUGAAGGACUUAGACUGAUAAUUGAUGAGGGUGGUGGAUAUGAGCAAAAACCGGUGGCUGCCAUAGUACUUCCAUCGAUGAAAAUUAUCCGUGAUACUGAACUUAUGAUGGGUUAGCUCUAACUUUACGUUCCCUGUCAUCAUUUGCUAGUAUGCAUUUAUUGUUAUGUAUCGGCUAUCACACUUGAUAAAGCACGACACACUUUGCUUUACAUAUAAUACUGCCAUUUGUAAUUUCAGUACUCUUCUCUAGAAGCCAUGUACGUUGACAUCUGUUGUGAUGCUUGUUAUAGCAUGGACUGCCAUCAAAUGUUAGUUGCCCGUCUCUUUAUCACUUACUUUUAUUCUUAUUGACCUGUUUUAAUAUUAUUAGGAAGCUAGAGAGAUA